AUGUUCUCCAACAUGGUGUCCAAGCUGACGUCCCUGCAGCAGGAGCUCCUGAGCGCCCUGCUGGACUCCGGGCUGACCAGGGAGGUCCUGAUCCAGGCGCUGGACGACAUGGACCCGGACGCGGCCGCGCAGGGCUUCGGCGUCAAGCUGGAGAGGCCGCAGCCGCCGUCGCCGUCGCCGCGUCGGGACGGCGACGCCAAGCCCGCCGCCAAGCUGUCCGGCGACGAGGGCUCGGAGGACGGCGACGACUACGACACGCCGCCCAUCCUCAAGGAGCUGCAGUCGCUCGACACCGAGGAGGCCGCCGAGCAGCGCGCCGAGGUCGAGCGCAUGCUGGCGGAGGAUCCGUGGCGCGCGGCGCGCAUGAUCAAAGGCUACAUGCAGCAGCACAACAUCCCGCAGCGGGAGGUGGUGGACGUCACGGGCCUGAACCAGUCGCACCUGUCGCAGCACCUGAACAAGGGCACGCCCAUGAAGACCCAGAAGCGCGCCGCCCUCUACACCUGGUACGUGCGCAAGCAGCGGGAGAUCCUCAGACAGUUCAACCAGGCGGCGCAAGGUUCUGGCGGCAAUUUGUCCGACAAAGCCAAUCAGGAUCAGGUGUUUUUUUUCCCAGAGUUCAACCCGUCAGCUCAUCUCGGCGGCGGCGGCGGCGGCGGCGACGAGGUCGGCGGCGAGCCCUCCUCCAAGAAAAUGCGGCGUAACCGUUUCAAGUGGGGGCCCGCCUCGCAGCAGAUCCUCUACCAGGCCUACGAGAGGCAGAAGAACCCCAGCAAGGAGGAGAGGGAGGCGCUGGUCGAGGAAUGCAACAGAGCCGAGUGCCUCCAGAGGGGCGUGUCGCCGUCCAAAGCGCAGGGCCUGGGCUCCAACCUGGUGACGGAGGUGCGCGUGUACAACUGGUUCGCCAACCGACGCAAGGAGGAGGCGUUCAGGCAGAAGUUGGCCAUGGACGCCUACAGCACGCCGCCCACGCACGGCAUCAACCCGCUGCUCUCGCACGGCUCGCCGCACCAUCCGCAGACCAGCGCUUCACCCCCAAGUACGAGCAGCCUGCGCUACAGCCAAGGCCCCGGCGAGGUGACGUCGUCCACGAGCAUUAGCCACCACGCUAGCAGCGGCAUGGCCACCAGCCAGUCGGUGCUCCAGCAGGUGUCUCCGGGGGGACUGGACCCGAGCCACAGUUUGCUGUCACCCGACACCAAGAUGAUUUCGGGUUCUGGCGGCGGCCUGCCUCCGGUCAGCACGCUGACCAACAUCCACAGCUCGCAUCACAGCCACCAGCAGACGCAAAACCUCAUCAUGCCGCUCUCGGGCGUCAUGGCCAUCGCGCAAAGUCUGAACACGUCGCAGUCUCAGUCGGUGCCGGUGAUCAACAGCGUGGCCGGCGGCCUGGCCACGCUGCAGCCCGUCCAGUUCUCGCAGCAGCUCCACAGUCCUCACCAGCCGCAGAGCCUCAUGCAGCAGUCGCCCGGCGGCCACAUGAGCCAGCAGCCCUUCAUGGCCGCCGUCACGCACUCGCACAGUCAGUCGCCGCAACUGUACCCUCACAAGCAGGAGCCGCCGCAAUAUUCGCACCCGUCGCGCUUCCCGUCGACCAUGGUGGUGACGGACGCCAACGGCAUCGGUACGCUCGGCUCCAUGUCGGCCAGCAAGACGGAGGCUCCGGUAAACAAGAUGGUGCAACUCGGAGGUCUCUCCUGGUGUCCUCUUCAAGCGUGGUGAGAGCGUGCGCCCCUGACCUCCUCGCUGCCCGGCAACCCCAGUGCAUUCUUUCCC